AUGUGCAUGUUUAGUUUAGAAGAACUUUUCAACUGUACUCUCCUCUGCCUACAGAUCACUAGAAGGCUGAUCCCCAUUUAUCUCAUGGAGAAGGCAAACUCAUCUGCUCAAGUUUCUCAACAUGAGAAAUAUAAAUGUGAAGAGGGGGUCUCUGAAGAAGUGUGUAAGUAUGAGCAAGGAACAUAUCACAGCAUACAUGGGGGCAUCCUUUUGAUACAUGGUAUAGAGGUUAAGGAAGAGUACUGCAAAUGGAGUUCUGGACAUCUGGAACAGAAAAGCAUCUGCAUGAACAAGCAAGAGGAUUAUGAUAGUGGACCUAUGGACUUUACAGUGGACUCUGAGCUGUUGUCUUACAUCACUGAUGUGCAGAAAAACAAAACUGUCAGCAGAAUAAAGGAAGAAGACCUCAGUUCCAAGUUUGACAGGCAGUGUUCUUAUCCAGAUGAAGAGGGUCCUGGAUUGGGAUUGACCCCCAGUAGACACUGCCCACUACAGCAAACAUCUGUCAAUGUGAAGUUAGAAUCUUUGGAAUUUGAAAUUAAGAGGACAGUCAAAGCAUUAGAGUCAAGUCCUGCUGGAGAAGCUUUACAAGACAAUGUCAGCUUCUUCUUAUCCCCAUUGGCUCAGACAUCUCCUAAGUGCAGAUCUCAACAGACAGUGGAUGAUAAGAGUAUGAAGAACCUGACAUUAGCCUCAGAGAAUGGGAUACUCGCCUCUAUACAGGAUGAUUCUCAGUCGGGUAUGAAAGUAAACACAGUAAGUGUGAUCACCACUCCAACUCCGAUAACCAGUAGAGAUGUAACCACAGUCUACGAGACACACAGUGAAUCGGUUAACAGCAAAUGUAAGUCCAGGAAUGGUAAUCUGUGUCAAACACAACAGGAGCCAUAUGAGUGUUCUGAAUGUGGCAAGAUAUACAAACAAAUGCGCCAUCUAAAAGAACACAGAGUAGUUCACACUGGAGAGAAGCCAUUUUGCUGUCCAGAAUGUGGAAAAGGAUUUCCCACCAUUGGCAGCCUUCAUAGACAUGUAAAAAUUCACACUGGAGAGAAGCCCUAUUCUUGUUCAGAAUGUAGGAAGCAAUUCCGAACAAUGAGCCAUCUACAGCAGCACAGAAAAAUUCACACUGGAGAGAAGCCAUAUUGCUGUUCUGAAUGUGGAAAAGGAUUUACCACCCUUGGCAACCUUCAUAGACAUGUAAAAAUUCACACUGGAGAGAAGCCCUACUGUUGUUCAGAAUGUAGAAAGCAAUUCCGAACAAUGAGCAAUCUUCAGGACCACAGAAAAAUUCACACUGGAGAGAAGCCAUUUUCCUGUCCAGAAUGUGGAAAAGGAUUUCCCACCAUUGGCAGCCUUCAUAGACAUGUAAAAAUUCACACAGGAGAGAAGCCCUAUUCUUGUUCAGAAUGUAGGAAGCAAUUCCGAACAAUGAGCCAUCUACAGCAGCACAGAAAAAUUCACACUGGAGAGAAGCCAUAUUGCUGUUCUGAAUGUGGAAAAGGAUUUACCACCAUUGGCAGCCUUCAUAGACAUGUAAAAAUUCACACUGGAGUGAAGCCCUACUGUUGUUCAGAAUGUAGAAAGCAAUUCCAAACAAUGAGCAAUCUUCAUCAGCACACAAUAAUUCACAAUAGAGAGAAGCCAUUUUCCUGUCCAGAAUGUGGAAAAGGAUUUCCCACCAUUGGCAGCCUUCAUAGACAUGUAAAAAUACACACAGGAGAGAAGCCCUAUUCUUGUUCAGAAUGUAGGAAGCAAUUCCGAACAAUGAGCAAUCUACAGCAGCACAGAAAAAUUCACACUGGAGAGAGGCCCUAUUGUUGUUCAGAAUGUAGUAAGCAAUUCCAAACAAUGAGCAAUCUUCAUCAGCACACAAUAAUUCACACUGGAGAGAAGCCGUUUUCCUGUCCAGAAUGUGGAAAAGGAUUUACCACCAUUGGCAACCUUCAUAGACAUCUAAAGCCGACCUUCACGAAGGUGCUAGUGAACCAAGCAGAGCCGUCGCGCAUGCUCGUAAGUGGCAGUGAGAUAAAUGGGAAACCUGUGUGCUUGGUGUGUAAUCAACAAGUGUCGGUGCUCAAGGAAUAUAAUAUUCGGCGCCACUAUGAGACUCAUCAUGGUGGAAAAUACGACAUCUUGCAAGGACGACUGAGGAGAGAGAAGAUAAAUGAAUUGCUGGUGGGUCUGAGAAAACAGCAGUCAAUUUUCACUCGGAGCCGAGAGGUCAGUGAAGCAGCAGUAAAAGCCACCUACGUAAUUGCUAACGAAAUAGCAUUAGCAUCAAAGCCGUAUUCCGACGGUGAGUUCGUUAAAAGAUGCAUGAUGAAGGCUGCAGAACUCGUGUGUCCUGAGAAGCGACAAGCAUUUGCCAACAUUAGUCUGACGAGAAACACUAUGGCAGAGAGGAUAUCGGAACUAUCGGCUGAUUUAGACAGGCAGUUGAAACACAAGGUCAAGUCAUUUCUUGCAUUUUCUGUUGCAAUUGAUGAGAGCACUGACAUUAUAGACGUUGCUCAACUGGCCAUAUUUAUUCAUGGAGUUGAUGACACAUUGACCGUCACUGAGGAGUUCCUUGAGUUGGUGCCUAUGAGUGACACCACAACAGCUGAGGACAUUUUCGGCUCUGUGGUUGGCGUGCUGGACAGAGUCGGGGUGGACUGGUCCCGCGCCGUCAGCCUGGCUACAGAUGGCGCGCCAUCAAUGAUCGGAAGAAAAGCAGGUGUUGUGACAAAAUUCAGAGAGAAAGUACAAGCCGCUAAUGGAGGAGAUGGUUUCUGGACAUCUCACUGUAUUUUGCACCAGGAGGCAUUGUGUUGCAAGUCGUUAAAAAUGGAUCACGUCAUGGAGGUGGUUGUCCGAACUGUUAAUUUCAUCCGAGCCAGAGGCCUGAAUCAUCGUCAGUUUGACUGCCUUCUCAGUGACAAUCACGUUACUAAUACCCUGCCAUACUACACUGAAAUGAGUCGCCUGCAAUGUGUAUGUUUAGUUUUGGAGAACUUUUCAAUUGUACUCUCCUCUGCCUACAGAUCAAAAGACGGCUGCUAUUCCCACUUGUCUCAGAUGGAGAAGGCAAACUCACCUUUUCAAGGACCUGGACAUGAGAAGUAUAAAUGUGAAAAGGAGGUAUCUGAAGAAGCAUGUAACUAUGAGCAAGAAACAUAUCGCAGAAUUAACUGGGGCCUCCUUUUGAUGCAUGGUAUAGAAGUUGAUGAAGAGCACUGUAAAUGGAGUUCUGGACAUCUGGAAGAGGACAGCAUCUGCAUGAACAAGCAGGAGGAUUGUGAUAGUGGACCUAUGGACUUUACAGUAGACUCUGAGCUGUUGUCUUCCAUCACUGAUGUGCAGAAAAACAAAACUGUCAGCAACAUAAAGGAAGAAGACCUCAGUUCUGAGUCCGACAGGCAGUGUUCUUAUCCAGAUGAAGAGGCUCCUGGAUUAGGAUUGACCCCCAGUAGACACUGCCCCCUACAGCAACAUUCUGUCAAUGUGAAGUUGGAAUCUUUGGAAUCUGACAUUAAGAGGACAGUCAAAUCAUCAGAUUCAAAUCCUGCUGGAGAAGAUUUACAAUCCCAUGGCAGCAGCUUCUUCUCCCCAUUGGCUCAGACAUCUCCUCAGUGCAGAUCUCAACAGACAGAAGAUGAUAAGAAUAUGAAGAACCUGACAUUAGCAUCAGAGAAUGGGAUACCCACCUCUUUGCAGGAUGAUUCUCAGCCGGUGAUGAAACUAAAUACAGUAGGUGUGAUCACCACUCCAACUCAGAUACCCAAUACGGACUUAACCAGAGUCAACCAGACACCGAGGGAAUUGGUUAAAAGCAAAUGUAAGUCCAGGAAUGGUAAUCUGUGUCAAACACAACAGGAGCCAUAUGAGUGUUCUGAAUGUGGCAAGAAAUUCCAACAAAUGAGACAUCUAAAAAAACACAGAAUAGUUCACACUGGAGAGAAGCCAUUUUCCUGUCCAGAAUGUGGAAAUAGAUUUAACACCAUUGGUAACCUUCAUAGACAUAUAAAAAUUCACAAAGGAGAGAAGCCCUAUCGUUGUUUAGAAUGUAGGAAGCAAUUCCAAACAAAGGGCAAUCUUCAGAAGCACAGAAAAAUUCACACUGGAGAGAAGCCAUAUUGUUGUUCAGAAUGUAGAAAGCAAUUCCGAACAAAGGGCAAUCUUCAGGAGCACAAAAAAACUCACACUGGGGAGAAGCCAUAUUGCUGUUCUGAAUGUGGUAAGCGAUUUCAACAACUGCACAGUCUAAAGACCCACAGAACAAUUCACACUGGAGAGAAGCCCUAUUGUUGUUCAGAAUGUAGACAGCAAUUCCGAACACUGAGCAAUCUUCAUCGGCACACAAUAAUGCACACUGGAAAGAAUCCAUUUUCCUGUCCAGAUUGUGGAAAAGGAUUUACCACCACUGGCAACCUUCGUAAACAUGUAAAAAUUCACACAGGAGAUAAGCCAUAUUGUUGUUCAGAAUGUAGAAAGCAAUUCCGAACAAUGAGCAAUCUUCAGGACCACAGAAGAAUUCACACUGGAGAGAAGCCCUAUUGUUGUUCCGAAUGUAGAAAGCAAUUCCGAACAAUGAGCAAUCUUCAGCAGCACACAAUAAUUCACACUGGAGAGAAGCCAUUUUCCUGUCCAGAAUGUGGAAAAGGAUUUGCCACCACUGGCAACCUUCGUAUCCAUGUACACAUUCACACAGGAGAGAAACCCUAUUGUUGUUCAGAAUGUAGAAUGCAAUUCCGAACAAUGAGCAGUCUUCAGAUACACAGAAGAAUUCACACUGGAGAGAAACCAUAUUGUUGUUCAGAAUGUACAAUGCAAUUCCGAACAAUGAGCAGUCUUCAGAUACACAGAAGAAUUCACACUGGAGAGAAACCAUAUUGUUGUUCAGACUGUAGAAAGCAAUUCCGAACAGUGAGCAGUCUUCAUAGGCACAGAAGAACUCACACUGGAGAGAAGCCAUAUUGUUGUUCUGACUGUGGUAAACGAUUUCAAAGACCGCACGGUCUAAAGAGCCACAGAAGACAUCACACAGGAGAGAAGCCAUAUUAAUGUCCAUAAUGUGGUAGAGGAUUUACCAGAAUUGCCAACCUUUAGAAACUGCAUAACAUGUAAAA